CCUAGAACAAUCAGUCAAUAUUAUCYCAUUGAUGCUGUAAUAGAUCUACUUGGUCGAGGGUACUAGARCWAUAUMACUAGUCUAGUAUUGUUUUCCGGGUUCCAUGUACGAUGUCUUCGAAUCGACAAAUCCGAGCUCUUUUUGYUGUGCUGAUGAUAUUCACCGUGGCGUUUUUAGCAGUUUUCCUACCGAAUCAAAGGGACAGCAGCCGUUACUUCCAGUUUGGCUUUAAAGAUAAAGUUAAAAGCGAAGUACCCACGACGCUUCCUAAUAUAUCAUCAUCUCUACAAAGGUUUUUGCCGCGGAUAACUUUGCCAUAUAMUGAAGAAUACGUAAUGGUGCCUGGUACUGACUUCCCUGGACUUGGGGACAUUACGUCAUACAAGCCGRUAACCAACAUCUCUGACGUCAUUUCAAAAUGUGACGAAAUGCAGUCACUAUGUAAGGCGUUCAGUUUUAUUGAAAACAUUGGAAAACAURAACCAGAAUAUGCCUAUCUGAAGCAAUCAUUUGGAAUCCCAUCGCCUUCGUCUUUAAAUCUGUACAUCAAGAGGAAAUAUCUUCAUUUGUAUUUAUCAAUUCUUUCAGUGAAUUUGGAAUGUCCGCUGGCCAACGUGUCUGAAGACCUAAACAGCUGCAAGCUUCCUGUGUUGGAUCCUUAUGCCAAAGAAAUUGCACAUUUGGUUCCUACACAGACACCUAUCAAAUGUGACGAGAAACAAUUGUAUACAGCACUGGAAAAUAAUAUUCUUAAGAUAAGAGAAAAUAGAUUGAAUGAUUCUAAUCUUUUACAGACAGAGGCACAGCCCAUUCACAGACCCAAUGGAACUACUGCGAGAAAUGACCAUUCAUUUCAUCUCGGAGAACCACACAUACUUACAAACAAUACAUCUAAUUUCUCCAUUGAGGAAGACCUAUGGAAGGUAACUACAAAGUUAAAGAAUGGUCAGACGUUUACAACAUAUCAUAUGUCGGUGGUGGAAAAACAGGAAGUGCUAUCGCGCAUGCCAAAUAAUGAUGCACCACUGGAUAUCAUUAUCAUUGAACUGGAUGGAACAUCGGAGGCUCACUUUCGACGCAUGCUUCCCAUGACUUACGCUUUUCUUAGAGAUGAACUUGGAUCUUACAUGUUUAAAGGUUAUUCUGUUGUAGGAGAUGCAACSUUGCCUAACGUUAACGCAAUGCUGACGGGAAAUACCGUGGAGGAGAAUAAAGAACUUCACCAUGACGACGAGAAUGUCGAUAACUGGYCCCUUCUUUUUAAAGACUUGAAGAAAAAUGGUUUCGUUACAAUGUGGAGUGAAGAUUUUGCUGCCCUAGGCGCGUAUACGYUAACCCUUCCAGGCUUCAAAGAACAACCGACUGAUCACUAUCCCAGACCUCUUUGGUUAAGUGGUGCAUUAGGAAUGUGCCUGGGAGGACAAUUUCAAGUCAAAGUGCAGCUGGAUUACCUCAGAAGUUUCAUGAAAUCCUAUCCAMGACAAAGAAAGUUUGGAUUCACAAUUUUGUGCGAUUUAUGCCACARGGCUUUGAAUUUAGUCAGUGGUGCGGAUUUAGAGAUGUUGGCAUUUCUGAAAUCACUAAAGRCAGAAAAAAUGUUAAAUGAGAGUAUGUUUGUUAUGAUGAGUGAUCAUGGAGCUCGAUUUGGUGAAAUUAGAAGCACACAACAAGGAAGGCUAGAGGAAAGGCUUCCAUUUCUAUCCAUUACCCUACCAACUUGGUUUAAAGAAAAGUUUCCUGAAAAAGUCGCAAAUUUGCAGAGCAACACUAAAAUCAUUACUUCUCCUUAUGACCUUCAUUCGACGUUUUUACAAYUAUUAUCUUUCUCUAAACCUUCUGCCAAAACGAAGCGAGGUACAMGUCUUUUUGAGGCCCUACCAGAAAACCGUACGUGUAGAAAUGCUAGCAUCCCUGACCAAUGGUGUCCAUGUUYRGAAUGGCAUCCAGUGGACCCUACCCAUGCGCACAUCGUAGGUAGCGCACACCACGCUGUCUUAUCGAUGAAUCAAAACCUAGCAAAGCACGAACUAUCUAGUGCGUUAUGCGAGAGGAUCACAUUGAAACGAAUUCGAAAUGCCGUUCAA